GAUAAAGAACCUUAUUCUCCAAAAUCUAUUUAUAAUUGUUAUUGUGCGAUUGCUCGUUAUUUGAAAGACAAUUCAUUAAUGCAUCCACGUCCUAACUUGUUUGAUGAAACUUGUUAUGGUAAAUUAAUAAAAUCAUUAGAUGGUAAAAUCAAAAAGACUCAAGAUCUUAAUCCUCGAUCUGCAGAUAAAUCUGAUUCACUUUCAUUUGAAGAAGUUUGUCAUAUUUUAAAUCAUGAUGAAUUGCGUGAUGAUUCUCCUCAAGCUUUAACUAAAAGGGUUUACUUUUGGCUUUGCUUACUCUGUGGAUUUUGUGGCGGGGUUACAAGUAAUCAUUCUAUGAGAAAAAAUAAUGCCGGGGGCAUUAAAAAUCUUGAUAAUGCAGGACGUAAAUGUGAAAUUUUACCUGAUCAAGAUGGCAAAUUUACUCCUGUCACAGAUAUUCUUUAUUACAUUAAUAAACAUCCUUCUGGUUUUAUUACACAAGAAUUUUUUUUACGAAUAGCUUGCAAAAAAGACAAUUUGCGUGGUAUUUGGUUUGUUGAUAAUUCUCUUGGACAGCACUUUCAUGAAAAUAUGAUUCAUGAAAUUUGUAAAAUCACAGGAAUAUCAAUGCACUUAAGGAAAAUCACAAACCAUUCAUUACGCCGUACUGCUAUUCAGAUUCUUACUGAAUUAAAUAUUGCUAUCGAUCGUAUAAUGCCUUUUUCAGAACAUUGUACUCUUAAUAGUGUAAUGUCUUACCAAACUUUUAUGCCACAAGUAAUGUAUAAUACAGUGUCUUUAAUUAUUCCAGAUUGCAAUUCUUCUGAAUUCAACAAUAAUAAUAAGAAUGAAGAUCACAAUAAAGAAUAUUCUGGUAAUCAAAAAGAAAAUCACGAUAAAGAUUAUGGUAAUAAGGAAGAAAUUUACAAUGAUGGCAAUAAAAAUGAAGAUACAAAUAAAAAAACUCCAUUACCAUCAAAUGUAGAAUUGAAUUCUCAUAAUUCUAAAAAAAAGCACAAGGUUCUCAAAACUCCACACAACUGGUCUAAACUUUUUAAAAUUCUAUAUCGCACUUCCUCAAAACAAACAAGCCCCGCAUUACAAGAAA